AAUUUUUCCUUGGGUUUUCACUGAUUAGUGCUUUCAAGCCUGCUUGCCUGCCUUAGUUCAUGUAGCUCCUCCUCCGGUACUGGGGUAAACACCUGUAUUACCAUUUUAAAGGCUAUCAUUAUGAUGAGUAGAACAUGAAGAGACUUACUUUAUUUUGAUAGUCUCUAGAUUCCUAAAGAUUAGAGAAAAUUUCUCAUUCUUCUAGGAGUACUUACUUCAGGAAGAAUCCAGAUAAAAGAGAGGCGCAACGGAAGCGGUAACAUUCCUCCCUGAGAUUCAAUCUGUUUCUCAAUCUCUCAAGGAAUCAACACUCGGUCGAGCCGGGCCGGGAGCAUUCAUUCGCGGUCUUUCCACGAAGCCGGAGUCUCCUCUUCCAGAAUUUCACGUCUUAGUGGCCGUUCUAAGGAGCCCGAGGUCGAGAUGGAUCUCGAAGGGGACCGCAAUGGAGGAGCAGGGAAGAACUUUUUAAAACUGAACAAUAAAAGUGAAAAAGAUAAGAAGGAAAAGAAACCAACUGUCAGCGUUUUUGCAAUGUUUCGCUAUUCAAAUUGGCUUGACAAGUUUUAUAUGGUGGUGGGAACUUUGUCUGCCAUCAUCCAUGGGGCUUCACUUCCCCUCAUGAUGCUGGUGUUUGGAGAAAUGACAGACACCUUUGCAAAUGCAGGAAAUUUGGAAAGUCUGUACUCAAACAUCACUAAUACAAGUUAUCUCAAUAUUACAGGGGCCUUCGAGAAUCUGGAGGAACAUAUGACCAGGUAUGCCUAUUAUUACAGUGGAAUUGGUGCUGGAGUGCUGGUUGCUGCUUACGUUCAGGUUUCAUUUUGGUGCCUGGCAGCUGGAAGACAAAUAUACAAAAUAAGAAAACAGUUUUUUCAUGCUAUAAUGCAACAGGAGAUGGGCUGGUUUGAUGUGCAUGAUGUUGGGGAGCUUAACACCCGGCUUACAGAUGAUGUCUCCAAGAUUAAUGAAGGAAUUGGUGACAAAAUUGGAAUGUUCUUUCAGUCAAUAGCAACGUUUUUCACUGGGUUUAUAAUAGGAUUUACACGUGGUUGGAAGCUAACUCUUGUGAUUUUGGCCAUCAGUCCUGUUCUUGGACUGUCAGCUGCUGUCUGGGCAAAGAUAUUAUCUUCAUUUACUGAUAAAGAACUCUUAGCAUAUGCAAAAGCUGGAGCAGUAGCUGAAGAGGUCUUGGCGGCAAUUAGGACUGUGAUUGCAUUUGGAGGACAAAAGAAAGAACUUGAAAGGUACAACAAAAAUUUAGAAGAAGCUAAAAGAAUUGGGAUAAAGAAAGCCAUUACAGCCAAUAUUUCUAUAGGUGCUGCUUUCCUACUGAUCUAUGCAUCUUAUGCUCUGGCCUUCUGGUAUGGGACCACAUUGGUCCUCUCAGGGGAAUAUACUAUUGGACGAGUACUCACUGUAUUCUUUGCUGUGUUAAUUGGGGCUUUUGGUGUUGGACAGACAUCUCCAAGCAUUGAAGCAUUUGCAAAUGCAAGAGGAGCAGCAUAUGAAAUCUUCAAGAUAAUUGAUAAUAAGCCAAGCAUUGACAGCUAUUCGAAGAGUGGGCACAAACCAGAUAAUAUUAAGGGAAAUUUGGAAUUCAGAAAUGUUCACUUCAGUUACCCAUCUCGAAAAGAAGUUAAGAUCUUGAAGGGCCUGAACCUGAAGGUGCAGAGUGGGCAGACGGUAGCCCUGGUUGGAAACAGUGGCUGUGGGAAGAGCACAACGGUCCAGCUGAUACAGAGGCUCUAUGACCCCACAGAAGGCAUGGUCAGUGUUGAUGGACAGGAUAUUAGGACCAUAAAUGUAAGGUUUCUACGGGAAAUCAUUGGUGUGGUGAGUCAGGAACCUGUGUUGUUUGCCACCACGAUCGCUGAAAACAUUCGCUAUGGCCGUGAAAAUGUCACCAUGGAUGAGAUUGAGAAAGCUGUCAAGGAAGCCAAUGCCUAUGACUUUAUCAUGAAACUGCCUCAUAAAUUUGACACCCUGGUUGGAGAGAGAGGGGCCCAGCUGAGUGGUGGACAGAAGCAGAGAAUCGCCAUUGCACGUGCCUUGGUUCGCAACCCCAAGAUCCUCCUGCUGGACGAGGCCACAUCAGCCUUGGACACGGAAAGUGAAGCAGUGGUUCAGGUGGCUCUGGAUAAGGCCAGAAAAGGCCGGACCACCAUUGUGGUAGCUCAUCGUUUGUCUACAAUUCGUAAUGCUGAUGUCAUCGCUGGUUUUGAUGAUGGAGUCAUUGUGGAGAAAGGAAAUCAUGAGGAACUCAUGAAAGAGAAAGGAAUUUACUUCAAACUUGUCACAAUGCAGACAGCAGGAAAUGAAAUUGAAUUAGAAUAUGUAGCUGAUGAAUCCAAAAGUGAAAUUGAUGCCUUGGAAAUGUCUUCGAAUGAUUCAGGAUCCAGUCUAAUAAGAAAAAGAUCAAGUCGGAGGAGUAUCCGUGGAUCACAAGGCCAAGACAAAAAGCCUAGCACCAAAGAAAAUCUGGAUGAAAGUAUACCUCCAGUUUCCUUUUGGAGGAUUUUGAAGCUAAAUUUAACUGAAUGGCCUUAUUUUGUUGUUGGUGUAUUUUGUGCCAUUAUAAAUGGAGGCCUGCAACCAGCAUUUUCCGUAGUAUUUUCAAAGAUUAUAGGGAUUUUUACAAGACAUGAGGAUCCUGAAACAAAACGACAGAAUAGUAACAUAUUUUCACUAUUGUUUUUAGUUCUUGGAAUUAUUUCUUUUAUUACAUUUUUCCUUCAGGGCUUCACAUUUGGCAAAGCUGGAGAGAUCCUCACAAAGCGGCUCCGAUACAUGGUUUUCCGAUCCAUGCUCAGGCAGGAUGUGAGCUGGUUUGAUGACCCUAAAAACACCACUGGAGCAUUGACUACCAGGCUCGCCAAUGAUGCUGCUCAAGUUAAAGGGGCUAUAGGUUCCAGGCUUGCUGUAAUUACCCAGAAUAUAGCAAAUCUUGGGACAGGAAUAAUUAUAUCCUUCAUCUAUGGCUGGCAACUAACACUGUUUCUCUUAGCAAUUGUACCCAUCAUUGCAAUAGCAGGAGUGGUUGAAAUGAAAAUGUUGUCUGGACAUGCACUGAAAGAUAAGAAAGAACUAGAAGGUGCUGGGAAGAUUGCUACUGAAGCAAUAGAAAACUUCCGAACUGUUGUUUCUUUGACCCAAGAGCAGAAGUUUGAACAUAUGUAUGCACAGAAUUUGCAGGUACCCUACAGAAACUCUUUGAAGAAAGCACACAUCUUUGGAAUCACAUUUUCCUUCACCCAGGCAAUGAUGUAUUUUUCCUAUGCUGGCUGUUUCCGGUUUGGAGCCUACUUGGUGGCACGUAGGCUCAUGAGCUUUGAGGAUGUUCUACUAGUAUUUUCAGCUAUUGUCUUUGGUGCCAUGGCUGUUGGGCAAGUCAGUUCAUUUGCUCCUGACUAUGCCAAAGCCAAAGUAUCAGCAGCUCACAUCAUCAUGAUCAUUGAAAAAACCCCUUUGAUUGACAGCUACAGCACCGAAGGCCUAAAGCCGAAAACACUGGAAGGAAAUGUGACAUUUAAUGAAGUUGUAUUCAACUAUCCCUCACGACCAGACAUCCCAGUGCUUCAGGGGCUGAGCCUGGAGGUGAAGAAGGGCCAGACGCUGGCUCUGGUGGGCAGCAGUGGCUGUGGGAAGAGCACAGUGGUCCAGCUCCUGGAGCGGUUCUACGACCCCUUGGCGGGGACAGUGCUGCUUGAUGGCAAAGAAAUAAAACAACUGAAUGUUCAGUGGCUCCGAGCACAGCUGGGCAUCGUGUCCCAGGAGCCCAUCCUGUUUGACUGCAGCAUUGGUGAGAACAUUGCCUAUGGAGACAACAGCCGAGUGGUGUCACAGGAUGAGAUCGUGAGGGCAGCCAAGGAGGCCAACAUACACACCUUCAUUGAGUCACUGCCUAAGAAAUAUAACACCAGAGUAGGAGACAAAGGAACCCAGCUCUCUGGUGGCCAGAAACAGCGUGUGGCCAUAGCUCGGGCCCUUGUUAGACAGCCUCAUAUUUUGCUUUUGGAUGAAGCCACAUCAGCUCUGGAUACAGAAAGUGAAAAGGUUGUCCAAGAAGCCCUGGACAAAGCCAGAGAAGGCCGCACCUGCAUUGUGAUUGCUCACCGCCUGUCCACCAUCCAGAAUGCAGACUUAAUAGUGGUGUUUCAGAAUGGCAGAAUCAAGGAGCAUGGCACGCAUCAGCAGCUGCUGGCACAGAAAGGCAUCUAUUUUUCAAUGGUCAGUGUCCAGGCUGGAGCAAAGCGCCAGUGAACUGUAACUGUAUGAGAUGUUACAUAUUUUUUAAUAUAGCAUUUAAUCGAAGUUAAAAAGCAAGCAUUUAUAGAAUUAUGAAGAGUUGUCUGUUUAACAUUUCCUCAAUCAAGUUCAGAGUCUUCAGAGAUUUCAUAAUUAAAGGAACAGAGCGAGAGACUUCAUCAAGUGGGGAGACAUCCUGGUUUAAAUUGCAUUAUACAUUUUAUAACAGAAUUAAAGUAGAUUUUAAAAAAUAAAAUGUGUAAUUUUGUUUAUAUUUUCUCAUUUGGACUGUAACUGGUUGCCUUGCUAAAAGAUUAUAGAAGUAGCAAAAAGUAUUGAAAUGUUUGCAUAAAGUGCCUGUAAUAAAACUAAACUUUCAUGUAAA